AUGAGGCUCCUUCGGGUGCUCUGCUUGGCCAUUCUGGCCACCAGCAGCUUCUCCAGGGAGCAGGAGGGAGAAGCCACCCCCGAGGUCUCCAUUGCCUAUGAAGUCCUGGAGGUUUUCCCCAAAGGCCGCCGCGUUCUCAUAACAUGCAGCUCACCCCGGGCAGCCCCUCCCGUCACCUACUCCCUCUGGGGGAGCCAGGACAUCGAGGUGGCCAAGAAGGUGGUGAGGACCCGCAGCCCAGCCUCCUUCAGCAUCAACGUCACACUCAAGUCCAGGCCAGACCUGCUCACCUACUCCUGCCAGGCAGCCUCCACCUUGGGUGCCUCCGUGGCCAGUGCCAGGCUGCAGAUGUACUGGGAGCUGUGGGCCAAGCCAGUGUCCCAGCUGCAGGCUGACUUCACCCUGCGGGACAGAGGGUCAGGCCCUAGGGCAGAGAUGUCCUGCCAGGCGUCCUCGGGCAGUCCACCCAUCACCUACAGCCUGGUCGGGAAGGAUGGGCACGUCCACAUGCAGCAGAGACCACCCCACGGGCAGCCUGCCAACUUCUCCUUCCCACUGACCCAGACGUCGGGCUGGUUCCAGUGCCAGGCUGAAAACAACGUCAAUGUCCAGCUCAGCGCCCCCACACUGGUGCCCCCAGGGGAGCUGCCUCAGGGACCCAUCUUCAUGCUGGCUGGUAGCAUCACCUCCAUUGCAGCGAUCGCCUCUGGGAUACUGGGUGGGGCUGCGCAGAUCAGCUGCCCAUCACCAUCCAUCCAGGCCCUCAUGAACCCUUACCUGCAACUAGCAAAGGGUUUCUGGAAUUCCUCCGUGCCGGUCAGCCUGUGGCUCCUGGAGACCCACCUCUGUAUGCACGACCCCUGCUCUCCCCGCGCCCCCCACGCGCAGAGCCUAGCGCUAGCCUUCCCUGUUCCAGAUGCUCUUUUUGAGUGUGGGGGUUAG